UUGUUGCUUUGACAUCGAAAAAAUUCAAAAUGGCGGCUUAUGUUAACAUCAACACGUGUUGACAUUUGUAGACGAGAAUAAAGUUUACUUGGUUUAUUUACUUUAUUUUCAUUUGUAUUUUAAUAAUAGUUGUGUUACAAAGGACAAAAAAUGAAGCCUGGAAGUCGUUCGAAAUAUCCUGGUAAACCUCCAGUGAAUAAAAAAAUAUUACUGAAAUAUUCACACGGCGAUGGUGUGGAUUUAAAUCCAAAAACGACAAGAAUAAAAAAUAAAUAUCACAGACAAAGAAUACGAAAUAAGGAGCAAGUAAUAAAUCAUGUCGCUGAGGAUACAGCACGAACGGAAAUGCUCCUUACUGAGGAUUAUGGUUUUUUGGAGGCCGAUACUGGGGAGACGACAACACAAUUUAAACAAUCACAACUCGCUGCCAAUGUUGAUAUAACAAGUGCCUCAAAGCAUUUUAAACUUAAUCUCGAAUUUGGUCCCUAUUCUAUGAGAUAUACGAGAAAUGGCAGGCAUUUAUUGAUAGGCGGCAAGAAAGGACAUAUUGCCGCAUUCGAUUGGGUUACAAAAAAAUUAUCAUGCGAAUUGAAUGCCAUGGAAUCAGUUCAUGAUGUCGCUUGGCUUCAUGUUGAAACAAUGUUUGCAGUGGCGCAAAAAAAUUGGGUUCACAUUUACGAUAAUCAAGGAAUUGAAAUUCAUUGCUUAAAAAGAAUGCACGAGAUUAAUCGAUUGGAAUUUUUGCCCUAUCAUUUUUUACUUGCGAGCGGUUCGAAAAGUGGAUUUCUCAGUUGGUUGGAUGUUUCUAUCGGACAAAUGAUUUCUAGUUAUAAUUCAAGAUUAGGUAGAAUUGCGGUGAUGACUCAAAAUCCUAGUAAUGCAAUUUUGUGCGUUGGAGGUGGAAAAGGAGUGGUUUCAAUGUGGUCGCCAAAUUCUAAACAACCUUUGGCAAAAAUGCUUUGCCACACACAAUCAGUUAGUAGUAUUGCUAUUCAUCCUUAUGGUCUUUAUAUGGCAACGAGUUCUCCCGAUCGUUCCUUAAAAAUUUGGGAUAUUAGACAACUAUCUGGACCAUUGCAGAGUGCAAAAUUACGACAUCCUGCGACUCAGUUGACUUACAGUCAACGUGGAUUAUUAGGAGUUGGAAUGGGAAAUGUUAUUGAAGUUUACAGAGAUACUACGACAGAUAUUAAGAGUUACAUGCGUCACAAAGAAAAUUGGAAUGUCUCGGGAAUGCAGUUUUGUCCUUUCGAAGAUGUUUUGGGCGUUGCAACUGAUAAAGGAUUUACAUCAGUUUUGAUACCAGGCAGUGCUGAGGCGAAUUUCGAUGCCCUUGAGAUCAAUCCGUUCCAGACGAAAUCCCAGAGGAAGGAGGCUGAAGUUAAAGCUCUUUUGGACAAAAUUCAACCUGAUUUGAUUACAUUAGACUCAGGUGUUAUUAACGAAGUUGAUGUUCCUACUUUGCAAGAUCAAAAUGAAGCGAAGAAAAAAUUACUGUUUAUUAAGCCGAAGAAGAUUGAUUUUACUCCAAGGAAGACGAAAUCAAAGGGCAAAGGAGGCACCGCAAAAGUCAUUAAAUCUCGGAAAAUUCUUAAACAGCUGGCUAAACAAGAUGCUAUCAAAGCUAUGCGCGAGGCUGAGGUUUUAAUAGACGUGAAGAAACCAACAUUGAAACAGAAGAAUUACGGUGUUUUGAAUAGAUUUUUACCAAAAUCUUAAAAAAAUUUGAAACAACUUGUACAUAGGAAUUUGUUUAUUAAAUACAAUUUCAUAUUUAACAUGAAA